AGGAAUUGAUCGGUGUUUUUUAUUUUUAUUUUCUUUUGGGAAUGUGGGUUUUGUUGCUCUUGAUUUUCUCCGAAGAGGGUAUCCUGCAGUUUUUGUUCUUGUUUUCUCACCAGUCAAACAGAGCUUUAGCUUUGUAUUAAUUUUCUGUUUUUUUUUUAAUUAAAAAUUUGGGUUCUUUUGUCGGUUUUUGAGUAGUCUUGGGUAUUAGCAAUCCAUCGUUUUCGUUAUUAACGAGUUUGUAGAUAUCACUGUCACAGUGUUGCAUAUAUCUUGUUAUGUGUAAUGAAUGAUGUGUAUGGUAUGGUUCUCUGUAUUUGCUUGUGUUUCUAUUAUGGGUUCCACGAAGUGGAAUUAUGUGUAGUUAGCAUCAAAUUUAGAAAAAUCGAUAUAUAUUUUAAAUGGCAAGUGGAGUUUAGUCCACUGUUGUCUCUGUUUUGGAAGUGAGGAGUAGCUUUCCAUCAUCACAUUGUUCAUUGAAUUAAGAAGUGGAUGGGUUUGAGCAAGUCUAUGUGUAUUUCCUUUUGUGCAAUGCAUUCAAUAAUUUCCCUUUCACGUGGCUUUCUUCCAUAAUCCCUUCUGGACAAUGUCAAAAUUGUGUUCCAUUUUUUCUGGAUCAAGGUUUCCAUUUAUGUUUGGUGCCAUGAAAAAACGGUGUAUCCCCUUUAAUAGUAAAGGAGAAACUUCUCUAGCAUUAGCAUAUGGGUGAAACAUCAGAGUGAAGUGUGAAGUUUGAGUGAGUAUUUUGCCAUGCCAAUCAAUAUACAGCCAAGUAAUGGAUUGUUGAAACCUGUUGAGGACAUGGGAUUUAGCUUGGAGUUUAGAAAGAGCGGUUCAAAACAGCAUAGCAGUUCAAAGACAGCUAAAGAAAGUUCUUUAUUGCCCCAUUCAAAACGAAGUUCGAAGGAUGCUGAUAAAUUGAAGUCAAAGAGUGGUGUUGGUCCACAAUGCAGUGAUCUCAAACAGAAAGGCAAGCUGGAUUCAGAAGGGAAGGUUUCGAACUGCGAAACUGCAAGGAAAAGAGCAACAGAAAGUGAUGAACUUGUCAAGCACAUGUCUAAUUUGCCAGGUUAUCUACUGCGUACCAAUAGAGUUGAAAACUUUCAAGAGAAAGCUUUCAAUGUUGGUGUUCUAGAUUGGUCUCGACUUGAGAAGUGGAAGCACAAGAACAAGCAUAUCCCCGUAUUGCCUAGUAAUUUCACAUUAUUCAAAAGCAUCGAAUCAUCAUCAAGACCAGCGAUGAAACUAUCAACCAGUGUUGGCAGCAAAGAAAAACUCAAUGAUAAGAGAAGUUUGCCUUCUCCAUGCAUCAGGCCAUCUUAUAGUGAAUCCCUUCCUGAAAGUGCCAAACUUCCUUUUCAUGAUGUCAAACGACUUGAAUCGUCCAAAAGUGUAACUAAGAGCAUUGGAGAUGAGAAAAAAAUUACACCCCAGCAAUUCGAGUCCUUUGGCAAAACUCACUCAGAUAUAUCGCUUGAAAAGGAGAGGAGGAAUGACUAUAGUAAAAGAACUUCACAAGUAAAAAAUUUUGCCUCAAACACGAGGCUCCAAGGAAUCUCAUCUGUUCCUAAUGAAAAUGCAAGUGGUAGUAGGGAUGAUGGAGUUAAGCAGAACAUGGAGGGUAUGCAAAAGCAUAACCAAAAGAAAAAAGAGAGAAAUCAUCAGUCCAGCUCUGAUAUGGGACAGCCAUCAGUAAAAUCAAAAGGCAGAUGGGUCUCAACCAGUUCUAAGAAAAUGAGUUUCACCUCUAGUGAAACCAGGAAAAAGGUGGAUCUGCUGCAUGAACCAGAUUUUGACAUUGAUCGUAAACACUGCCAUAGCAAGCCAAGUAAUAUUGUGCUGCUGUGUCCCCAAGAAAUUCCCCAAUCAAGUUCUUCAGAGGAUUUUCAGCUUUCUGAAUCAAGAACAUCCUCAGACGAAAUCUUCUCAGAAUCAACCAAAAGUAGUUUGUCAUACGUUUCCCUUCCUGAAAAUGUUUACUCUGAAGAUGGAUGUUCUGAAAUACCACUAUCAGGUUCACUGCGUUCUGUAGUUGACCAUUCUUCUACUUUGGAAACAAUGCAACACAGAAUUAGUGCUGAUCUUGGUAUAGAUCAUUCUUCUGUUUUGUCUGAGACACCAGCUUCCAUAAUAAAUAAGAUGUCUAGUCUGCAAUCUGUUGGUGCUUGCCUUGAAAAGGAUAUGUUAGACACUAAGCUGAGAGAUCGGUAUGCUUUUGGUAAGUUGAAGGAAUCACUAGACCAAGAAACUGCUGAGAUGACAGCUCAGAAGGAAAUGAAUCCAUCCCACAAUCGUCGGUUUAGCUUCAGCUUAAGUCGGAUUGGAAGAAGUUUCAGUUUCAAAGAGGGGCCAACGCUUCCACAACUUAGCUCCAUGCAUGUCAGCGCAAAGUCAGGUCCGGUGACGCCACAAACUUCUGUUCGUUGGGACAAUCCAAGCAAAGACGCUAAUAGUCAUAACAGAGCCAGGUCAAGCCCCUUGAGGAGGUUGUUAGACCCUCUAUUGAAGCACAAGGCAUCAGACAAACACCAUUCAGCUCAAAGCAGUCAGGCACUAGAAGGAAGCUUGAAUUCAAGCUUCAGGACUAUUGGUAUCAAUGAAUCACUGCUGGCUGAAAAGAGUAAAGGAUCACCAGUUCAAGGUCUCCUGCAGCUUACAAUAAAAAAUGGAGUGCCCUUGUUUAAAUUUGUGCUCAACAAUGAAAGAAAGAUUUUUGCUGCUACCAGGAAUAGUUUAGCAUCACUGGAGAAGGGUGAUUUAGGCCGCAGUUUUACAUUCUACCUGGUUAAUGAAAUUAAGAAAAAGAGUGUUGGAUGGAUGGGUCAUGGAAAUAAAGAAAAAAACUGUGGCUAUGCCUACAAUGUUAUUGCCCAGAUGAAGCAUUCUAGCUCUAAAAUCACAGAACCAACCAAUCAAAACUCCAAUAGAAAGCAUAUGGUUAAAGAAUAUGCUCUAGUGGGUGUUGAAAUUGGCCAGACAGAUCAAGGACCACCUAAGUUCAUCCAGAGCGCGGAGCUUGCAGCUCUUGUUAUUGAGACCUCAUGUGAAAAAGGCAAUGAAGGACUGCAUGGUGAUGACAACAUGCUAAAGAAAGAAUGCUCAAAGUGCUUGGCAGAUGAAAGAUGCCUGUGCAGUUCUGGACAAAAUGAUGCCUCUGGUUGCACUACAGCUAUACUUCCGGGCGGUGUACAUGGUUCACCAAACAAAGGCGAUCCUACACCAUUGAUCUAUCGAUGGAAAACCGGGGGAUCAUGUGAUUGUGGGGGUUGGGACAUUGGUUGCAAAUUGCUUGUGCUCUCCAACCAGAAGCAGAGUUCAAGUAUUCCAAAGAGCUAUAAACCUUAUCAUGAUCGUUUUCAACUUUUUGUUCAGGAAGGAGCUGAGCAAGAUACACCACUUUUCACUUUGUUGCCACUGAAGGAUGGUUUCUACUCGGUUGAAUUCAACUCAACAAUAACUCAUUUACAGGCAUUUUUCAUUUCAGUUGCCGUUUUAAGCUGCCAGAAACUGCCAGGUUCCUUGGAAAUGGGUAGCAUGCAUGAAGAGAUCCUUAAGGAACCAAAUUCCAAUAACAACAGCAAACAUCAGGGGAAAGCACCUUUAAAAUAUGCUCCAAUGCCACCACUAUCCCCUGUUGGCAGAGUUUAAAUUCACAAGAUGUGUUUUUUUUUUUUUAGUUGUUAAUACUUUUAAGAUCUUCAAGUAGCUGAGCAAUAGCAAGUUAUUGCAAUCAAUUGUGUCAUAAAUGUGAUUCUUGCACUUGAAUUUGUACACUUUUAUUUUACACCUAUCUUUUAUAUGAACAAGGGAUAGAUGGGGAAAAAAGGAAAAUGUGAUUUUUUCUUCCUCUACCUUGUUUAGUGUAAAAGGUGAGUAUAAAAUGAAAGCGUAGAAAAUCAAGUCCAAGGAGUAACAUUUUUGUUUCUCUAUUCUCUUCAGUUUUCCUCCCAUACAUGCAAAUCCAGUAUAGAAAUAGACAGAUAGUCCAUUCCACUGGAAUAUUGUGGCAGAAAAUGGGAUGGUUGUUGUAUUCUGGUAAUCAUUGUACAAAAGAAACCUCUGCAGCAACACCAUCUUUGUACAAAACGAAACUUAAAUAAAUAAAAUCAGCAGGGUUAUCAUCUGCACUAC